CGGCCGCGCCGCGGGGCGGGAGGCGCGGCGGCUGGACUGGCGGGCGGCUGCCUCGCAGGUGCACCUCGGGCUUUGUAGGUGCGAGCGUCUUUGUGCGGCGGACAAAUGGGGAGAGGACGAGGAGGUGGGCACUCGAGCGACGUAAGAUCCACAUCAGCUCAACUGCACUCGUCUCACAGAGGCCGCCCGCUCACUUCCCGCGGAGGCGCUCCCGGGCGCCGCGCUCCGCGGCUGCCGCCUGCCCCCGCCCGCCGCGCCGCCGCGCACGCCGCGCCCCGCAGCGCCCGGCUUCCUCCUCGCUAGGCUGGCGUUGGACCGGCGCGGGCGCUCGGGCGGCUGCCAGCGCUCGGCUCCCAGCUCCCCGCCUCGCCCCUCGCGGCCGCCUGUCGCUUUGCACAGGGCUGUAUGGUUGCAACGGGGUGGGUGACUCCAGGAUGUUAGGAACUGUGAAGAUGGAAGGGCAUGAGAGCAGCGACUGGAACAGCUACUACGCGGACACACAGGAGGCCUAUUCCUCAGUCCCGGUCAGCAACAUGAACUCGGGCCUGGGCUCCAUGAAUUCCAUGAACACCUACAUGACCAUGAACACCAUGACCACAAGCGGCAACAUGACCCCAGCUUCGUUCAAUAUGUCCUACGCAAAUCCGGGCCUGGGCGCCGGCCUGAGCCCUGGCACGGUUGCUGGCAUGCCUGGGGGCUCCGCGGGCGCCAUGAACAGCAUGACAGCCGCGGGAGUGACGGCCAUGGGGACGACGCUGAGCCCAGGGGGCAUGGGCGCCAUGGGCGCGCAGCCUGCGGCCUCCAUGAACGGCCUGGGCCCCUACGCCGCAGCCAUGAACCCCUGCAUGAGCCCCAUGGCCUACGCGCCGUCCAACCUGGGCCGCAGCCGGGCCGGGGGCAGUGGCGACGCCAAGACUUUCAAGCGCAGCUACCCUCAUGCCAAGCCGCCCUACUCCUACAUCUCGCUCAUCACCAUGGCCAUCCAGCAGGCCCCCAGCAAGAUGCUCACGCUGAGUGAGAUCUACCAGUGGAUCAUGGACCUCUUCCCCUAUUACCGGCAGAACCAGCAGCGCUGGCAGAACUCCAUCCGCCACUCGCUGUCCUUCAACGACUGCUUCGUCAAAGUGGCGCGCUCCCCCGACAAGCCGGGCAAGGGCUCCUACUGGACGCUGCACCCGGACUCCGGCAACAUGUUCGAAAACGGCUGUUACCUGCGCCGCCAGAAGCGCUUCAAGUGCGAGAAGCAGCCUGGGGCCGGGGGCGGGAGCGGGGGCAGUGGUGGCGCCAAGGGCGGCCCUGAGAGCCGAAAGGACCCCUCGGCCUCGGCCAACAGCAGCGGGGACUCACCCCUUCAUCGAGGGGUUCACGGUAAAGCCGGCCAGCUAGAGGGCGCACCGGCCCCGGGGCCCACUGCCAGCCCCCAGACUCUGGACCACAGCGGGGCGACGGCGACAGGGGGCGCCUCGGAGUUGAAGACUCCAGCCUCCUCAGCUGCGCCCCCGAUCAGCUCCGGGCCUGGGGCUCUGGUAUCUGUGCCCCCCUCCCACCCAGUGCACGGUCUGGCACCCCACGAGUCCCAGCUCCACCUGAAAGGGGACCCCCACUACUCCUUCAACCAUCCCUUCUCCAUCAACAACCUCAUGUCCUCGGAUCAGCAGCACAAGCUGGACUUCAAGGCAUAUGAGCAGGCGCUACAGUACUCGCCCUACAGCGCCUCAUUGCCUGCCAGCCUGCCACUGGGCAGCGCCGCGGUGGCCACCAGGAGCCCCAUUGAGCCCUCAGCCCUGGAGCCGGCGUACUACCAAGGUGUGUAUUCCAGACCUGUCCUAAACACUUCCUAGCUGCCCUAGACCAGGGGUUGGUUUGUCGUGACCAUGCUGGUAGCAGGAGAGGGGGGGAAAGCAGCAGCAAACAAAACCACACAUACCAAGCUGACGACAGCAGAAUAAAAUACCAACUAUUUUUAUUUCUUUUUGUGUGUGUGUGCACAAUCUUUUUCCCAGUGCAAAGGACUGUUACUUUUUGUUAUUCAAAUGCCUGUGUAUAUCAGUAGGAAGAAAACCGACCCCAAACCAACUGAAUUUUUCCCUGCAAAGUUUAAUGAUCCACAAGUGUAUAUAUCAAAUAUUCCUACUUCCUUAUCCCUUUCUUUCCUCUUUCCCAUCCAGACACAUUCUAGUGUGUGCAGGCUUUAUUUAAAAAAGAAAGAAAGAUGGUCAAGCUUGUAAAAUAUUUGUUUGAACUUUUUUCCCCUCUUCACCUGACCCUCCUCUUCCCCUACCUCCCCCCCCAUCCCCCCCCCCCCCACACACACACACACUACACACAAGUUUACAGGUCUAUGGCAAUACUCUUAACCAUAAGAACUCAAAGAGUGAGGAAACAAGUAGACACUAUGGGCUGUUAAAAGUAUUGAAGGACAAUACUGCUAUUAUGUAGCAAAACAUAAACAGAUUAUAAACAUCAGAGCCUUUUGUUUUUCAGCUUACAUUUCUGAUACAUUCAGAUAGCAGCUGUCUUAAAAUGAAAUACUUAAAAUGAAAUAAAAUGUACCGACAUUUAUGCACAUGCUCAGAUAUGUAGACAUCCUCCAUAUAUUUACAUAACGCAUAGAGGUACUAGGUAGGUGGUAUACAUGCUACAUUUUCAAGAGUUGCCUGACCAAGAAAUUACACACACAUCCCCUCCUUGUCCUCUCUACCCACAGAUAGCCCUGGGAAUCAAUUCCCCAAGAAUUGUCCCUCUCAGUGACUCUGCUUCUUACUUUGCAGAGUACCAUGGUCAUGUCAUUCUGAGGUCAGAUAACAUGUAUAAAAUUAGCUUCUAUGUAUCUAUACCAUUUAAAGAAUAUUUUUCUCCAAAAAAAGGGAAUAUUACAAUGUUCGAGGAGAGAUGUUAUAGGGAGCCAUAUUUCAAAAUUUGGUUCAAGAUUCCAAAAUCCAAUUGAUUGUGGUAAUUUUAAUUAUUGUCAUCGUGUGCUUGUUCAUUCAGUGUUAAUGCACUUUUCACAGUUGGACAUGGUGAUAGUAUAGUCAGACGGGUUUCAUUAUUAUUCCUUUUUGCUUUCUCAAUGUUAAUUUAUUGCAUGGUUUAUUCUUUUUUUCUUUACAGUUGAAAUUGCUUUAAAUGAUGGUUAAAGAUACAAAUUAAAAUGUUAAUUUCUAUCAAUGUGAUUGUAAUUAAAAUAUUUUGAUUUAAAUAAUGAAAAUAAAUUUUAAGCCGUGGCACAUGUUCUUGAUCAUUUGCAGUUAAGGACUUUAAAUAAAUCAAAUGUUAACAAAAAAAGUAUUUUUGUUAUUUUCCUUAAUUAAAUCCAAAAUAGAUAUCUGAAUAUGAUAUUUUUCAAAGUCUGGCACUGAAUAUAAGUGACAAAAAGGAAAAUAAUCUAAAACAAAAUUGUUUUGUGUAUGUUUAUUAUAGGAACAUGUAGUUAGUAAAAAAAAAAAAAAGGUUAAAGAAGUUCAAUAAAACUGGAUAGAUAAAUUGAUUUAAUAU